AUGCCUGACACCCUUCAAAAACCUGAGCCCAGCUUCCUGUCUCCAAUGUACACAGGCCGCUCACAGACCCUCAGCCAAGCACUUGUGCCUGCAGGUGUCAGUGUGAGGAAGGGGCAUGAGCUGGUGAACAUCUAUUGCCCCGUCGUGGUCUCCAACGCAGGGCUGUUCAACACCUAUGAGCACCUACUGCCGGAGAACACCCGCUGUCUGCCAGGUGUGAAGCAGCAGCUGGGGAUGGUGCGGCCUGGCUUAGGCAUGAUGUCUGUUUUCAUCUGCCUGCAAGGCACCAAGGAGGACCUGCAUCUGCCAUCCACCAACUGCUAUGUUUACUAUGACACGGACAUGGACCAGGCGAUGGAACGCUACGUCUCCAUGCCCAGGGAAGAGGCUGCGGAACACAUCCCUCUUCUGUUCAUCGCUUUCCCAUCAGCCAAGGAUCCGACCUGGGAGGACCGAUUCCCAGACCGGUCCAGCAUGAUCAUGCUCAUACCCAGCGCCUACGAGUGGUUUGAGGAGUGGCAGGCGGAGCCGAAGGGAAAGCGGGGCAGUGACUAUGAGACCUUCAAAAACUCCUUUGUGGAAGCCUCUAUGUCAGUGGUCAUGAAACUGUUCCCACAGCUGGAGGGGAAGGUGGAGAGUGUGACUGCAGGAUCCCCACUCACCAGCCAGUUCUAUCUGGCUGCUCCCCGAGGUGCCUGCUACGGGGCUGACCAUGACCUGGGCCGCCUGCACCCUCGUGUGAUGGCCUCCUUGAGGGCCCAGAGCCCCAUCCCCAACCUCUACCUGACAGGCCAGGAUAUCUUCACCUGUGGGCUGGUCAGGGCCCUGCAAGGUGCCCUGCUGUGCAGCAGUGCCAUCCUGAAGCGGAACUUGUACUCAGACCUUAAGGAUCUUGGCUCUAGGAUCCAGGCACAGAAGAAGAAUUAGUUCCAUCAGGGAGGAGCCAGAAGAAUCUGCCCAAUGGCUGGGGCAUCUCCCUUGACUUACCCAUAAUGUCUUUCUGCAUUAGUUCCUUGCACAUAUAAGGCACUCUAAUUUGGUUCUGAUUCCUGAAGAGAGGCCUAGUUUAAAUCACAAUUCCGAAUCUGGGGCAAUGGAAUCAUUGCUUCCAGCUGGGGCAGGUGAGAUUAUUAUGCCUUUUAUAGCAUCCUGUCCCUACUAACAGGAUAUUGACUUGGAUAGCUUGAUGUCUCAUGACAAGCAGCACUCUGCAUCCCUCACCCAUGCCUCCUCACUCAGUGAUCAAAGAGAAAAUUCCAUUGGUGGAUAGAACCCCUGGCAGUGUUGUCAGCUAAAGCUGGUGGGUUCAGUUCUGUCCUGAGGCUUCUGCUCUCAUUCACUUAGUGCUGUGCUGCACAGUUCUACACCGUCGAGGGAGAAGGGAGACUAAUGAGGCUUAACUCAAAACCUGGGCAUGGUUUUGGUUGCCAUUCCAUAGGUUUGGAGAGCUCUAGAUCUCUUUUGUGCUGGGUUCAGUGGCUCUUCAGGGGACAGGAAAUGCCUGUGUCUGGCCCGGUGUGGUCUGGAGCUUUGGGGUAACAGCGGGAUCCAUCAGUUAUUAGGGGGCACGUCAGAUGAUCAUAUCCAAUUCAUAUGGAAGUCCUGGGUCUGUCUUCCUUAUGAUCGGAGUGGCAUCUGGUUCUCCAUGUGCCAGCAUCAAGGCACCUUCGGGGAGCUCAGUACCUGAGCCUCAAUCAAGCCUCAUCCUCCAAAUAUGCAGGGAAGGGUGAUGCAGCGAAGGGUGAUGUCAGGAGUCAGGUCAUGGACUGGUUAGAUGAA